AUGGGAUCUUCUUGCUCCCGGGCACGACGAGUGCCCCGCUCAUUCCCUUCCCCCUGGAAACCUGGGCCCGCCCCCCGGAAGUUCCGCCUCCAAGAGCCCGCUUGGAGUCGGCACUGCGAAGUAGGCGGGACCUGGGCGGGACCGAGGGCGGCCCUCGCUGUUUCCCCGCCCCCUCCUCGCGGCCUGCGUCACCGCCGGGUGCCCGGCAGGGGGCGGCCUCGCCUCCUGGGCCCCUCGCCGCGCUCCUCGCCUCCCGCUCCUCCUCCUUCCCCUUCCGCGGCCCCGCCUCCGGGCCCCGGCCGGCCCCGCGCCCGUCACUCACCCGGGCUUGCACACUCACUCACACUCACGCUCGCCUCGCACGCUCGCCCUCGCCCUCCGCCCCCGCCCCCGCUCCCGCCGACACCGCCCCCCGGUCCGGAGCCGGCCGGACCCCCAGGCCCCACCCGGGACCCGCCGCCGCAGCAGCCGCCUCCACAACUACGCGAGGCCGGGGAUCGGGAGGGACCCGCAGGCCGCGCCCCCGACCCCGGCCUGGCCCGGCCCAGCCCCGGCUCCGACCCGGGCCGCGGAGGAGGAGGAGGAGGACGAGGAGGGGGAGGAGCCGGAGUAAAGGGCGGCGAGGGAGGGAGCAGAAGGGGGAAGCGAUCCCCGGACCCCCGGCAGGCCCCAGAUCCCAGCCCCAGGAGAGACCCGGGACCCCGGAGAGAGGCCCUGCCCCCAGACAGAGACCCCAGCCCUAGGAGAGACCCGGGAUCCCGGGGAGAGGCCCUGGGAGACUCUAGCCCUGAGAGAGACCCCAGCCUCAGGAGAGACCCCGGACCCCGGGGAGAAGCGCUCGGAGACCUUAGCGCUGAGAGAGACUUGGCCCCUCGAGAGAGAGAGAUACCAGCCCUAGAAGAGACCCAGGACUCCGGGGAGAGGCCCAGGGAGACUCUAGCCUCCGAAGAGACCCUGGCCUCAAUGGAGACCCAGCCUAGGAAGCAUCCUGGUCUCCAGAGAGACCUCAUCCCCCAGAGAAACCCCAGCCUCUAG